AUGAGUGCCAGCAUGAGUGGAAACACUGCCUCUUCUUCCAGUUCGAAGAAAUCUCUCAAAGCGUUCAGCGAUGACAUCUGGAAGAACAAAACAGCCAAGAUCAAUGCUGAACUGUUCACUUUAACUUAUGGGUCAAUAGUUUCUCAGCUCUGCACAGACUACGAGCGUGACUUCGCCAAGGUAAAUAAACAGCUAUACUCAAUGGGCUACAACAUCGGUGUGAGACUUAUUGAAGACUUUUUGGCACGUACGGCUCUCCCAAGAUGCGAUUCCUUGGCCAAAACUAGUGAAGUGAUAAGCAAGUGCGCUUUCAAAAUCUUCCUGAAUGUAACGCCUCAGAUCGGAAACUGGUCCAGCAACAAGGACAGUUUCUCCAUAUUUCUAGAUGAGAAUCCCCUUUCGGAAUUCGUGGAAUUGCCAAUGGACGCCGCUAGAGAACUAUGGUAUUCCAACAUACUUUGCGGGGUUCUCAAAGGAGCUUUGGAAAUGGUACAGAUGGACUGUGACGUUUAUUUCGCAAGCGAUGUCCUCAAGGGCGAUCAAACGACCGAACUACGUGUCAAACUCAACAAGAUACUCAAGGAUGAAAUACCGGCCGGGGAAGAUUAA